AUGAUUAUCUACAAGGACGUCUUCUCUGACGACGAGCUCGUCUCCGACAACUUCAAGCUCCAGGUGGUCGACAAGGUCCUCUGGGAGUGCGACAUCAAGAAGGUCACGAAAGCGAGCGACGACAUCAAGCUCGAGGGUGCCAACCCCUCCGCUGAGGAUGCUGAGGAUAACGGCGAUGACGAGUCCGCCGCGGAGCAAAUUUACGACAUUGUGGACCAGUUCCGUCUCCAAGCGUGCGCGGGGUUUGAUAAGAAGUCCUACAUGGGCGCUUUGAAGGGUUACAUGAAGAAGGUCAAAGCCCAUCUCAAGGAGAAGGGUGCCUCCGAGGACGAGAUUGCACAGUUCGAGGAAGAUGCCAAAGUCGCCGCCAAGAGAAUUCUUGGCAACUACAAGAACUACGAGGUCUUCAUCGGUGAAUCCUUUGAUAGUGACGCUAUGCUAGUCCUCAUUGACUACCGCGAGGACGGCAUGACCCCCUACGCCACUUUCUGGAAGGACGGCCUUAAGGAGUACAAGGUCUAG